AUGAGCUGUUCCCCUGCCCUGCUCGCGGCGCUCCUGGCGGGCCUCGCGGCCGCCGCGUCCUCCCUGGAGGUGUUCGAUAACCAGCUGGGCGACAUCAGCUACUGCAAGAAGCAAUGCCAGCUCCUCGUCAAAAACAAAGGCCCCGCUAAAGACUCCAUAAUGAACGCCUGCUACCGCGGCUGUCGACUCUACUCCAUCUGCCAGUUUGUCAACGGCAACGCCGGCUUCAACACCAGCAAGGACGAGUGUCAGGGAGCGUGCCAGGAGGCUUAUGCCAAGCUUUUGGAACAGGACGCGUGCAACACCGGCUGCGCCAGCCAGCCGUCUGAACCCGAAAUCAAGAGGAGGAAGCUCAAAGCAAUGACCCUGCGCCCCAAGCCACCUUCUGUUAUGGAGGCCGUGUCCAGUUGGUGCAAUGACAUCGUCAGCUCUGCCCAGAGUUUCAUCUCCUCCACUUGGACUUUUUACCUGCAGGCUGAUGACGGCAAAGUUGUUGUUUUUCAGAGCCAACCGGAGAUGGAGUACUCUUUUCCCGAGCUGCAGGCUCCUCGCUCCGAUGUGGCUGACGGGCCCUGGCCUCAAGUGCACUCGCACACACAGAAGCCUCACGGUGUGAGGGGUCGUGGCGAGAAGUCGGGCUCCAAAACAGGAAGCAGAGGCAAGCAUCAGGUCCAGCAUGCUGAAGACAGUGCCGCCGCUGCCGAACAUGACUUCCUGGGCUGCAUGUCGAGGCGUUCGGGUCUGCCACGUUGGAUUUUGGCGGCGUGCCUCUUCCUCUCCAUUAUGGUCAUGUUGUGGCUCAGCUGUGCAAGCUUGGUCACAGCGCCAGACCAGCACAUCAAGACGCAGCUGAGCAUCAACGGUGACAAAGAGUUCCUCGACGACGUAGAGCCCAAGGUCAAUCCGUUCCAGCUGAGCCCUCUGCUGGCUGUGAGCAUCAAACGGGCGUCCGUCGACGGCGACCAGGAGGCCGGACCGCUACCAGUCAAGGUGGACCUUGACAAGACGCGUGUCUAG